AUGCCUGCCCUACCAAAUCCACAAUCACAAGACCCAUUGGCCGAAGAGUUUCAGGAAAUCUUGUCACUCACAGAUGACCGCUUAGCAACCUUUUCCCCCGAUGACUCCGCCGCAAGCAUCAUUUUCACCAUCCUAGGUCUCGGCCCACAGCGCGCCUCCUCACCUACCUGGUCCCCCCAUUCUGCCCCCCCUCCUCUCCCCACAUGGAGCACCCCUCCGUCCGAAAGCACCCUGACCACCACACCUAGCGACCCCCCCAACUCCAGCUUCAAACACUUUCUACACGACGCGUGGCACGUGGCCCAGCUAGGUAUCUCGAUCCCGUUAUUCCGUCUAGAAUCCAUAUCCAUGAGCAUCCUGGAUACACCCUUCACAGCGUGCCUGCACGAAUACCGCCGCCUGCCCUCUGACUUGCACACGCCUAUCCUUAUGGAUGUGGCAGCCCUCGUCACCGACCUCCUGAACGACUUUGAAUUGGACAUCAGCAGUGUCGUUGCUGCGAUCGCAGACAUCGACGACACCGACAACCCCAUGGAGCGCGUCAAAGCCGAGUGUGAUGUCUACAAUUACUACACCAGACUGCUGUAUUACCGCGCGUGUAUGCUGGGGUUGUCGAAUGAGGAUUUGGACUUGGAUCUGUGGCGUGCGAAGCAGCAGCUCAACCUAGAAUCGGAUUUUGAUGUGAGAGAGAACAUGCUGCCGUUUGUCAACGAGGUGCAUAGUGUGCUGGGGUAUGUGGAUGGGAUGCUGGAUGCGCAGGUUCCAGCGAGCAGCGAGCCUGCUAUUGAAGAGUUCACAGAGGAUGUGACGAUAGUUGAUACUGGCGACGAUGUUGAUGCAGAGUCUGAAGGCCAGAGCGAACUGGAAUGUAGCAUUUGCCUCAUGGCAGGGACUGCUCACGUCGUCCGCACCCUCGCAUGUAAACACGUCUUCUGCAAGGACUGUUUGCAAGCGUGGAUUCAAACCCAACAACCAAAUAGCCAUCGGUGUCCCAUCUGCCGAAAAGAACUCUUUCUGUGUGUCGUACGCGAUUCAAACGAGCCGGCCCCUGGCGACGACAGUGCUGUGCGAGACAUGGUAACCUGUCUACAAUCUACCGUCGACUCGGCCUACGAGCUCGAGAUGGACAUUAUGUGGCGCAAUUUGGAGCAUUAG